GAGCCGGAAGUGCCUGGCGAUGCGCUGCUGGUGGCUAACCACUUUGUUAUGAGAAGUUUGAGAACCUAAAUUUUGGCAAAUGGAGGAUCAUACUUAUUAUUUAGCAGAAGAGAAGGCGAAGGAGCGGGAACUGUCACCGUCACGGAAGCAGAAACACGAAGAAGCGAAACGGAACCGGGACAGACGGCGGCAGAAAACAAGGGUUAACAUCGGUGUGGCCUUUCCUAAAUGGAAAUCUCUGAUGAGGGAAAAAUGUUUUCAAAGUGACGCUGACGUUGCCUGUUUUCUGCUGGAAAGCUAUGCCAGAAGUAUCGCAGUACCGACUGCCAUGAAGAGAAAAUCUUUACAGGUCACAGCUCCAGCAGUGUCGAGCCUUGGAGCUUCUAGUGGGACAGAAAGCAAUGCGAGAAGUGUCGCAGCGCCGACUCCCAUGAAGAAAAAACCUUUACAUGUCACAGUUCCACCAGUGCCGAGCCUUGGAGCCUCUGGCGGCAUAGAAAGGUUCGGACGGCUUUACAAGAGAAACGGUAAAAUCUACAGCGUUUUGGCCCUGAAACCUGAUAAAGCCAUCGGAUACCUCUCUGACUGGAAAACAAGGAUUGUGAAGAGGAGGAUCACAGGUGAAGAGGGGAUGCCUCAGUGGAGGAACAUUCAAACAGAUGAAGAGCCCAGAAGACUGGAUGUGAUGCCCCCCACACCUGCAGCAGCCACAUCAGGACUGGUCCAGACACCUGUCGGGACAGAUUCAGAUGUCCAGCAGCUGUCAGUGAUUCAAGAUGUUCUCCCCGAGAGGAACCCCAGCCUGGACCAGGAGAACCCAGAGCCCCUCCAUAUUAAAGAGGAGCAGGAGGACCCAGAACCCCUCCACAUCAAAGAGGAGCAGGAGGACCCAGGGCCCCUCCACAUCAAAGAGGAGCAGGAGGACCCAGGGCCCCUCCACAUUAAAGAGGAGCAGGAGGAAGUGUGGAGCAGUCCAGAGGGAGAGCAGCUCAGUGGGCUGGAGGAGGCUGAUAUCACCAGGUUGACUUCUGUUACUGUGAAGAGUGAAGAUGAUGAAGAGAAACCUCAGUCCUCACUGCUUCAUCAGAGCCAAACGGAGGACAGCAGAGACACAGAGUGUCCAACCAGCAGCUCAGCUACGCAGAUAAAAACAGAAACUGAUGGAGAGGACUGUGGAGGAUCAGAACCAGCCAGAAACCUUGAUCCACAUGGUCAUUCACAACCAAAUACUGAUGAUGAGAAGGCAUCAGACUCUUCUGAGACUGAAGACAGUGACAUUGAUUGGCAGGAACCCAUGUCAGAUUCUGGGUCUGAGACUGAAGACGGUGUCAGUGGUUGGAAGGAGACCAGGACAGCUGAGUCUGCUGUAAAUGUUCUGAAAUAUAAAGAAGACCCUGUAAGUGAUGACGGAUGUGACGCUGGCAAAAAAUCCUUCAGCUUCUUUGACUGUACUAAACGAUGUUACCACAGAGGGUUUCUGCAGAGACACAUGAAAUCUCAUUUUGGAAAAAGGUCCUCCAGAUGUUCGGUCAGUAAGAAAUGUUUUAGAGUGGAACAAAAAGUAGAUUCACAGAGGAGCGACGACACAGAAGAGAAACUAUUUGGUUGUGAUGUUUGUGGGAAAAAAAUUAGACAAAAGGGACAUUUAAAGACACAUAUGAGAAUUCACACAGGAGAGAAACCAUUUCAGUGUAAUUGUUGUGGAACAAGAUUUGGACUUCUGAGUCAUUGGCUGUCACACAUGAGAAGCCACAUUGGAGAGAAACCAUUCGAAUGUGAUUUCUGUGGGAAAAGAUUCCGACUACAGCGUAGCUGCAGGUCACAUAUGAAAGUUCACACAGGAGAGAAACCGUUUGGUUGUGAUGUUUGUGAGAAAAGAUUCUCAGCACAGGGAAAUCUGAAGAGACACAUGAAAGUCCACACGUGACAGUAACUGUUCUUUUCAGUUUGUGAACAAUUAAAAGACAUUUCGCACCAAUGCGAUGUGGAAAUAUGGAAAAUCCAUGUGUGAAUAUUCUGUAUGUCAUUGUCUACUAUGCAGACUGGGUCCAGUGCAAAUAAUCGGUGUUGCAGUGUUAUGUUUUUGUUUUGAUGUUAACUGCACAACACAUGCAUCUAAAGUGUUAGACCGAGUUUAAGGCCUGCGUCGCUUCAAGAAACUCAAGCCUACGAUAUAGCACUUAAUAUUACCAUGACCUUAAUGACUGAGAAAGUUCUCCGAGACAACACAAUAACUAACCAGACCCCAAAUUUGAUGCUUGCUGUCAUGUCUUGCCCCAGCCUGUGAUCAACAUAACACGUUAGUGAGUGUAUAACAACAUGUCAUAUCAUCAUGUUCCAGCUGCUGGGCAAUCUUCAACCAUAAGUUCUCCAUAAUUUGAUUGUUGAGGUAGUUGUUGCGGUGUUUGAUGUAGAAUGUCGCGUGUUGAGAAACCAAAUAGAUAAGAUGUUCCCUUAUCUUGGCAGCAAGCUAGCUGUGACCUGGAUAUUUAACAUCAGCUGGAACAAAAGACUUUAUUAGUCAAACAUAUUUGCGCAGGCAGGAAACCACUGAAGUCGAGAUCUGUUUUGCAGGGCUGUGCAUUGGGGAUGCACAAUAAUACUGGCACGUCAUCGAUAUCAGACGAUAUGGGCUUUAAGAUGAACAGAUCAGAAUCAGCCAACAUGCUUUUUCUUAUUUUGCACAAUGAAUGAAUAUUACAUACAUUGAAAUGUAUUGUAUUUCAUGUCUCCAUCUGCUGGAGGGCCGUCACGAUAAGAGUAUGAAUGUGUAAUAUGAUGUUAAUUCUACCACAGAAGAGAAUUGAUGAUCACUGACAUUAGGUGGGGAAAAGAAGAUAUGUCGAUAUUGGUAUCGGUUAUUGACCAAAUGAGUUCUUAUUUAUUGGCAUAUCAGAUAUUGGUAAAGAAUCCAUUAUUGUGCAUCCCUGGUGUGCAUGAAUUCACAAGAAGCCACCAAAUUAGUUUUUAAUACAUUUCAGUAAAAGUUAUUGUGUGUAACAGCUUUAUUUACGUAAGUGUGUUAGUGAGAACCACGGCUGUUUUCAUCAUCGUUAUUUUAUUUUUGUCUUUCUCUUGUGUUUGGUUUAAAAUGUGUGAAACGUUAAAGUUGUGUAAAUGCAGGGAUCAAACAAGGUGCUUGAAUUUUUAGGGGGGAAAAAAUCACAUAUAUUGUUUCACCUUGAAAACUCAUUUUAUAACAAAGUGCUGAAGAAGUGUUUGAAAUUCAAAUGAACCACA